GCUCAGAAGCCUCGUUGUCUCCAAGGAAACGGAAAGCGUCAACAGCAACAUUCCAAACGAUCAGCUAGCAGCUAACGCUAGUUUUCAUUGGAUAUGUUAGUUUCCCCUUUUUAAUCUGUUUCUGUUCAAAGAAAUAAUUGUCGCCUUUUUAAGAUUAUAAAAUAAGGUAAAAUUAGAUUUGUGGUUUUCUGAAUGGAGUGUCUUGGAGUAUCAUCCGCCCAGAGUCUACAGGCUCUGUCCGCCCUGUUAUCAACCCAGCAGGAUGAUGAUGAUGAAGACUGUAAAAAUGUGACAGCUUGUGCACGGCUGGGUCCUGGACACAUUGGCCCCCAACCCAGAAAAGAUGAAGAAGCGUCCACUGCCUAUAUGAAGAAGAACCACAAAGAUAUAUGGAGCGAGGAAGAGGUGGCUGAGGGUUCCCAGUAUGAUGAUCUUGCUGACCCGCGGCCACAGCCAGAGUAUGAAAUAAUCCUGAAGCAGAGUGUGGGGACAGAGGAUCUGUUCUUGGGCCUGAGCAGAAAGGACCCAUCCUCUAUGUGCUGUGAAGCAAUGCUGGUGAAAAUCAAACUACCCGACACGAAAGCAACAGAUGUGGUCCUGGAUAUAAAAGAAAAGUUCCUUGAUCUACGGACGCCAAAAUAUAAACUUGGUCUUCAUCUCCCACAUCCGGUCCACAGCCACGAGGGAAAGGCUCAGUUCUUCAGUGAGAGGGAGGAACUGGAGGUGACCAUGCUAAUGAAACGCCCCAUGGAUUUUAUCAACAUGCAAUAAGAAAGAAUGACAAAAGAAAACAGGUAUUCAAACAAUAGAGAGAAGUUUGGAGUUGAUUUCAUGCUAUUUUUCUACUCCUGUCUUUUCUGAGUGUCUAAUAAAUAUUUUUGUUUUAUUGUGUGAUUGCUUUAUUAUUGGAUAACAGUGUUUAAAAGACGUAUAUAAGUGAGGGUUGGUUUACCUUUCCUUUUAGGCUGAUACUUUUAUUUUAGAUGGUAUAGUCAUGUAUGUACUAUAUCUGCUAUGGCAAACUGAUAUUUAC